AUGUAUCGCUGUGUCUUUGUUAUGAUAAGCACCGCCCCUGUGUCACCUCUCACAAGCACGCCUCUGUACCACCUCCCGCACCGCCUCUGUACCACCCUCUACCACCUCUCACAAGCACCGCCCUCUGUACCACCUCUACCUCUGCCUCUCACAAGCACCGCCCUCUGUGCCACCUCUCACAAGCACCGCCUGUCACCUCUGCCCUCUGCACCUCUCACAAGCACCGCCCUGUGCCACCUCUCACAAGCACCGCCCUCUGCACCUCUACAAGCACCGCCCCCUGCUCCACCUCUCACAAGCACCGCCCUCUGUGCCACCUCUCACAAGCACCGCCCUCUGUGCCACCUCUCACAAGCACCGCCCUCUGUGCCACCCUUCACAAGCACCGCUCUCUGUGCCACCUCUCACAAGCACAGCUCUCUGUGCCACCCCUCACAAGCACCGCUCUCUGUGCCACCCUUCACAAGCACCGCCCUCUGUGCACUACAACUACGUACCACCACCACACCAUCAACCACCAGUGUGCCAGACUACCAUUGUUGUACCACAGUAUCACCGCUACCUUUCCUUUAA